AUGAAAGACCAAGAUAUCGUCGGCGAGGCACUUGCCUCUGUUCUACCACAGUACAAUAAGUUUUGGUUUCGGGUUCCGCAUUUGCUGCAACUGAAUCUAAUUUUGAUGAUUCCAUUGCUGUCUUCCGCUGUUGCUGGAUAUGAUGGGUCUCUAAUGAAUGGUCUCCAAUCCAUAACACAAUGGCAGAACUACUUCGGUAACCCAUCUGGCGAGACCCUGGGCGUUGUUAAUGCAGCGCAAUCAAUUGGGAGUGUUGUUUCUCUCCCCGUUGUCGGGUUCCUAUCUGAUAAGAUCGGUCGACGGUGGACGUUGUUGUCGGGGGCUGUUACUAUCGUCAUUGCAUCGGCGAUCCAGGCAGCAUCGGUGCAGUAUGGAAUGUUUGUGUUUUCACGAGUGCUCGUAGGCAUCGGCUCAAUGCUAGUCGUCCAGCCCUCGCCAAUGCUCAUCACGGAACUAGCAUAUCCGACGCAUCGAGGGAAAUACACUAGUGCUUUCUGGACAAUGUAUUAUCUCGGCGCAAUCGUCGCCUCUUGGACCUCCUACGGCACCCAGAAACAUCUUCACGACGAUUGGACGUGGCGUAUUCCCUCGAUCGUGCAAGCUGGAUUUCCUAUUAUCCAGAUUGCGCUUUUUUGGUUCCUGCCUGAGUCUCCGCGAUGGCUCAUCGCGAAUGGUCAUACUCAACAGGCAGAAAAGUUACUCGCACGCUUCCAUACGGCGGGCGAUAUCUCGCACUCUCUAAUUCAGUUUGAAAUGGCCGAAAUCGCCCGCACGAUUGAAAUCGAACAUUCAGCAUCCACGAUGCGCUGGACGGCACUGGUCGAUACACCUGGAAAUCGCAAACGAACGUUCAUCGCUGUUUGUAUUGGGAUAUUUGCGCAGUGGAAUGGCGUCGCCGUCGUUUCAUACUACCUAACCCUCGUCCUCGACACAAUCGGAAUCACAGACCCCGACACCCAAACCCUGAUCAACGGCCUACUGCAAGUCUUCAACUUCAUCACCGCCGCCAGUGCCGCCCUCCUCGUCGACAGACUAGGCCGUCGCCCACUCUUCCUCUGGUCUGCGCUGGGCAUGCUCAUCUCCUUCAUUAUUUGGACCGCCUGUUCUGCUGUUGUCAACGGAAACGAUAAUAACCAAGCUGUAGGACGCACGGUUGUCGCGUUCGUAUUCAUUUUCUACUUCCACUACGACAUCGCGUACACGCCGUUACUCCUGGGCUACCCGACAGAGAUAUUUCCCUACUCGAUCCGGAGCAAAGGCGUGACGGUUGAACUGUUAGCUGUGUAUUCAUCGUUGAUUAUACUUGCUUUUGUAAAUCCGAUUGCGCUGGAUCGAAUCGGAUGGCGGUAUUAUAUAUUUUUCUGUUGUUUUGGUGUUCUUGUGCUUGCUGUGACUUGGUUUUGUUUUCCGGAGACGAAGGGGCAUUCGCUGGAGGAGAUUGCGGAGGUUUUUGAUGGGACGGUGGAUGAGGUUGACGAGGAGAAAAUUGGGAAGAAGGGGGGUUGAGCAUGCUGAGUAUGUAGAUUGGUUUGUUUAGUACCUGUAUAGUUGCAAAUAGCCACAUAACUC